UGUUGUUUUAGAACAGCAGCUGUCAAACAUUGGGGAAAAAAUACAUUCAUAUGUCAAUUAGUUUACGAUUAGUUGUUUUUUUGGGAAACAAAAUAACAAAGGACUGCCUAAAUUUGCACGUUUUUCGGAACGUCUUUCGGCUGGCAGUCAUCCCGCACCUGGUGCGUACCGAUAAGCUACAAAGAGUGGGCUUCCGGUGCAGUACGCCGAACCCCCGGAACGAGAACCGCACGGAGACGGUGGCCGAACAUGAGUGGCUAGCAGCAAGCAAGUGGUGUAUGCAAGUGGUGACCCACCAUCGCGGCAAGGACAUUCCUCACGAAGCGGUUGUUACACCACCGCAAGGUUGUUCGGGGCCCGAGGCGAACGGUGGAAAGAUUCGCUCCGUCGUGUUUCGUGCCGUGCCGGGAGGGCGUGUACAAGGGCCUGGCAGUCCUUGCCCGUUCUGGAUGAUUUACCCAACGGUUUGCCGCACCGAUUGCGCGCCCCAUUGCACGGCCGAUCCCUGUUCGGUUGGAUGCGCGUGCACUGUUGGAUGUUGUGACGGGUUGGGCAAUCUUUUCUAACAUCCUUCUGCUCUGCACAUCCUUCCGCCCAGCAGACGGCAAACACCGUUAGCUCAUCCCACAGCACAAUAGUAAACAUUACGGCGGAACCACUUCCUUCGGGUUGCUCGCGCGCAACCUUCAUCUCACAGCCCUCGCUCUCCCAGACACGGUGAAAGCAAUGAACGCUAGCCUUUCGUCGGAAAUUCCGUACUCGAACGAUGGUGACCACCGUGCCAAACCGGCGAACGCAUCUCACAACAACAACGGAUCUUGCGUAAGUGGGCACGACACCGACAGCCAGGAAGCGCACGGUCCGGACCGGUAUGCCUUUGCCUGUGAUGAUCCACCGUCGGACGCGCGACUGCAUCCGUCCGACAGUCUGGACGACGAUCUGGAGGAUGUGUACAAGACGUGCAACAGCCAGUCGGUGGUCGAAUGGAUCAACGACGAUGACGAGCUGGAACGGUUGGAUCUGCCGAUCGAACCGAUUGACCCAACCGGAACCGUGUUCAACCGAGUCGACAGCUCGGACAUCAUCUACCAGGAGAAGAAGAAAAAGUGCAAACUCGUCGGCAAGUACGUAAUGGGGGACGUGCUCGGCGAGGGCAGCUACGGCAAGGUGAAGGAGGUGCUCGAUUCAGAAACGCUCAAUCGACGAGCGGUAAAGAUUCUAACCAAACGAAAACUACGACGCAUUCCAAAUGGCGAGCAGAAUGUGCGGAGCGAAAUCAAGCUGCUCCGAAAGCUGCAGCACCGCAACGUGAUCGAGCUGCUGGAUGUGCUGUACAACGAGCAGAAGCAGAAGAUGUAUCUGAUCAUGGAGUACUGCGUCGGUGGGCUGCAGGAGAUGCUGGAUUCGGUGCCGGAAAAGCGGCUACCGAUACACCAGGCGCACGAUUACUUUGUCCAGCUGCUGGACGGGCUAGAGUACCUGCACGGUCGCGGCAUCAUACACAAGGACAUUAAGCCGGGCAACCUGCUACUAACGCUAGAUCAAACACUGAAAAUUUCGGACUUUGGCGUUGCGGAAGCACUGGAUAUUUUUGCGCCCACGGAUGAAUGUACGACCGGGCAAGGUUCGCCAGCGUUUCAGCCGCCGGAAAUUGCUAAUGGGCAUGAGGUAUUCUCAGGUUUUAAAGUUGAUAUCUGGAGCACGGGCGUUACACUGUACAAUAUAACUACCGGAUUGUAUCCGUUCGAAGGUGAUAAUAUUUAUAAACUGUUAGAAAACAUAGGCAAAUGUGAAUGGAAUCCGCCGAAAUGGUUAGAGCCGCGGCUGGCCGAUUUGCUCGUUAACAUCCUGCAGGCGGAUCCACAGAAACGGUUCACACUGCAGCAGAUUCGGCACCACGAAUGGUUCCUGUGUGCACCGGAUGCGACGGGGCCGCCCGUACCGAUACCACCGUUAAAAGGCGAUUGGAAUAGAUGUUCCACCGUGCUGCCUUACCUGUUAGCUCACCACUACGAGAAGGAUCGUGACAUGCCGUACUACACCGAGCACGAUGUCAAUGAAAUGGCACGGCAACAGUACGAUCAGUACACGGAGGAUGGACUGUACGAUCGUUCCUACCUUGCACCACCGAUGAUGGAUUCGCUGUCGUUUCACUCGGACGAUCCGGGCAGCGAAACGGAGAUGCGACGUGCCUAUUACCAGCAGCAGAACAGUGGCAGCGGCCGGUCCACGGUCGAGAAACGGCCGUCGCGAAGCUUCUCGCUGUCACCGAAACCGAGCAUCAAGCACAUGAUCGGUAGCAGCUGUCCGGCGACGACCGGCAACAGUAGCAAACGCCGGUCGCGCAAAACCGUCUCCUGUAUAUCGUGGCGCAAGUGGCCCCACUGCCGUCAGUCUUGAGGAGGUAAUCGGUGGUGGUGGUUGCGAUCAUAAUUACCAUUAGGAUUUCCGUUUUGCAAAGCUAAUGCCGUUUUUUAGUGGCGACGCACCUCACACAGAGAGAGAAGGAUAGAUAGGGAAGGACAGAUCUUUAAAAAAAAAGGGGAACACAUACCAAUCACAAAAUGCUAAGGAAUUCUUUACUCAGGUUUCGUAUGCACUCGUCUAGCCAUACCGUGCGUUUGUAUAGGGGGAUAUGAUUCCACGUUCUACAUGGGUAAUUGGUUGUUAGAAGUAGUUUUUCCUCUGUUGUUUUUUUGUUUUCUUUUUGCUACCAAACAAAUCUCUACAAAAAAUGAUGCAUCAUUUUGCCUUUUUCAGCUGUACAGUAGUAGCUAGUUAAAAACCCACGAUUGUCGAAGUGUUUUUUAUAAUUGUUUUACUAAACCAAUAACCUUACCACUUCGUUUAGCAGUUUUAUUCGAUUCCAUCAAACCUCAUUCAAGUUGGUGUGCGAAUGUGAAAUACUGAGCAUGUGUUUGCGUGUGUGUGUUUAAGUUCAGCAAAUAAGGCGAUAAACUCCACUAGGUUUUUUUGUUGUUUUAAUUAUUUUUAUACAAUAGACAUAACCAAAGCGGUAUCCGGUACCGUGUUUGCAGUAAUUAAUUUAAACAAAAAAGUAACUCGCUCGGUGGCGCAACUCGUUGGUUCGCAAGAGGAACAUUUUGUUGCUGUACAUAAAGGAUGUUACUUUUAUAAGGAUCGUUUUGCGUGUCCGUGUCAGUGUGUGUGUGUGUAUAUAUAUAUAGAGUUGUUUGCAGUCAAUUUGCUAACGGAAUCACUACGAUGCGGUCCGAUUUUGUUGCCGUUCGCAACCGUAGCUGGCUGUAGUAUAGAAAGAGGUAUAGCUAGCCGACGAAACCCGCUCAUAAUGCUGUGACAGCUCACGUCUAGCCCGGGCUGAAAAACGGGCUUUUCAAAUUUUCCUAGUCACUUCAUGAAACCAUUUCGUGUAAAAUUUACCAAGCAACAUCAUUUCGUUCGAUUGAUCUUGAAUGCAUAAUCGUUAAAGAUGGUGGCCACGCUCGCAGCCACCGAGCAUCGCAUCGCAUCAAAACAGUCUUCCUUGCCAUAAAGAUAGAGAGAGAGAGAGUGAGAGAGUGAGAGAGUGGAGUAGAAGCAGAACACGGCACGACGAGCAACCAUCUUCGCUUCAGCUGAGGGCACAGAAACAAAACCAAACCUGCUGUUGGCACUGUUGGCAGCAAUGAAACGUUUGUAAAGCACACAGCAGCCCACACUGCAUCGCUUAUAGGGAAAUCCACAAUACAGAUCUUAGGCUUAGGUUGAAGGUAAAGGCGAUAAUAAUAAUAGCGUGCGUUAAUUCAGAGAGAGAGAGAGAAGUAAGCAAUUUGUUAAGCCGGAAAAGUAUAGAGUUAAAAGCAAAUAAAGCGCGAAGAACGGAAAGAGACACACACACACACAGAAUGUGGUAGAAAUAUAUAAUUUUGUAAUUUAUCUUAAAAAAAGAAACAAAAACAAGAGUUGAAAAUAAAAUUUAAAAAUCA